AUGGAGAAAACACUUUAUCAGUGCGAUGUCUGCGACAAGUCGUUCUCUAAAAGUAGCAAUUUUACAGCACAUCGACGCAUGCACACUGGAGAAAAACCGUACGUGUGUGAUGUAUGCGAAAAAUCGUUCUCUGAAAGUGGCAAGUUGACGAAACACAAGCGGACCCACACUGGAGAAAAACCGUACGCGUGUGAUGUAUGCGAAAAGUCGUUCUCUGAAAGUGGCAGUUUGACGAAACACAAGCGGACUCACACUGGAGAAAAACCGUACGCGUGUGAUGUAUGCGAAAAGUCGUUCUCCACAAGUACCGAUUUGACAAUACAUCGACGCAUGCACACUGGAGAAAAACCGUUCCCUUGUGAUGUAUGUGAAAAGUCGUUCUCUAAAAGUGGCAAUUUGAUAGCACAUCGACGCAUGCACACUGGAGAAAAACCGUACGCGUGUGAUGUAUGCGAAAAGUCGUUCUCUGAAAGUGGCAGUUUGACGAAACACAAGCGGACUCACACUGGAGAAAAACCGUACGCUUGCGAUGUUUGCGAUAAGUCGUUCUCCAGAAGUACCGAUUUGACGAUACAUCGACGCAUGCACACUGGAGAAAAACCGUACGCGUGUGAUGUAUGCGAAAAGUCGUUCUCUGAAAGUGGCAGUUUGACGAAACACAAGCGGACUCACACUGGAGAAAAACCGUUCCCUUGUGAUGUAUGUGAAAAGUCGUUCUCUAAAAGUGGCAAUUUGAUA